CAUUUCUUUCGUGAGGAACUGAGAAUCAUUCGACUUGUAAAAUAUUAUAGUUUUUCCUCGAACCAUUUUGUAUCUUUUACCUAAUUUUGGGAUUGGUGAUAAAAAUAGAUGAGCCGACCAAGUACCCCCAUCGCACAUCUGCUCUAAUAACGAAGAAAAAAUAGAAGGAUUUCGAAGUCCGUUGAACUGUUAUUGGUGAAAAGUCUUCUUCGACUGAUCAAUCCUCCACAUUUCCUUUCCCUUUUCUGAAUGAACUUGAGUUUUGACUCGAGUUUGUAGAAUGUAAUAUAAUAAUAAUAAUAAUACGUCGGCUGGAGUGGAGUGAGUGAGUGAGUGUGAGUUGAGCAGAUUCAGUCUCGCUCCGUGGGCUGGUGACUCGAUACAGUGAGUAACUCCAUUCGUGGGUUACCUUUUAUGGUGAUCUAUAUAUAACGAAAAACAGAAGUUUGUGUUUGUGUUCGUGAAAGUUUAUCAUGUUGCAAACUUAAAAGUGCCAGACCAGCUUUUUCAUCAUUUUUCGUUUCAAAACAAAAAAUGUUCGGCCCAACUUGGAGAUUUAUAAUUCCAUCAGUAUUAUGUUGGAUGUACGUCCAGGCAAAUUCGCCGGGAGGCACAAACAAUUGCAUCAGCAGGCAAACUUGUCACGAAUGUAUCCAAACAGAGUUUUGUGGUUGGUGUAUGAAGCCAGACUUGAAUGAACCUCGGUGCUUCUAUGCUCCAGGCACAGAUGUAUCCAAGUUUUGUUCCAAGCAAGAUGUAUUUUACCCAGACAAUGAAUUCAGUAUAGUACAAAGUCAAAGUUUAAGUUCAGAAUCCGAAUAUUGGCAGUCAACUAUAACUGAAACGGAAUCGCAAAGUUCGCGAUUUAAUGCAACUUGUUGCGGUGCUGGAAAAAAUGACCCAGUUCAAAUAGCACCCCAGGAAGUUAAUAUAAAAGUUAGAAUAAAUCAAGCUCAGAAAGUAAGAUUCGCGUUUUCUCAGGCUGAGGAUUAUCCCGUCGAUCUUUAUUAUCUCAUGGAUUUGAGUAAAUCAAUGGAAGAUGAUAAGGAAAAGCUUUCGGAUCUUGGAGAUACGCUUGUUAGAGAAAUGAGUAGUCUUACAAGUAAUUUUCGACUGGGGUUUGGCAGCUUUGUUGAUAAAGUCGUAAUGCCUUAUGUGAGCGUCGUGCCCCAAAAGCUCAUAGAACCAUGUAAUAAGUGUGCUGCACCAUAUGGUUACAAACACAUUAUGUCACUUUCAGAAGAUGCCAGCAGUUUUUCGAAAUUGGUGCGAGGUGCUUCUGUUUCUGGAAACUUAGACGCACCAGAAGGAGGAUUUGAUGCAAUAAUGCAAGCAAUUGUUUGCACAAAACAGAUUGGUUGGCGUGAGAAAGCUCGCAGGCUUCUCGUAUUUUCAACCGAUGCCAGUUUCCACUUUGCUGGUGAUGGCAAACUCGGUGGAAUUGUAAAACCCAACGACGGAAUGUGUCACUUGGAUCGUUAUUCUGGAAUGUACACACACUCAUCAGUUCAAGAUUAUCCAAGUAUUUUUCAAAUCAAUCAAAAGGUCCAGCAAAAUGCCAUCAAUAUUAUCUGGGCAGUUACGAAGAGGGAAAUGAGUACUUAUUCGAGUCUCUGUUCCCACAUCCAAGGGUCCUCGGCUGGACUUUUAUCGAAUGAUUCGAGCAAUAUUGUUGAAUUAAUUAAAGAACAGUACAAUCAGAUUCGAAGUACAGUAGAAAUUAAAGAUACGGCGAAUAGUGCUGCAAUCAAAAUUAAAUAUUGGUCAAAAUGCCUGGACAAAAAUGGACAAAUUGUCCAAACGACUAAAUGCGAUAAAUUGCAAAAAGGUGACAAAGUCGAAUUUGUUGCUGAAAUCACUGCCACUCAUUGUCCUGCCAAUAAAUCGGAAUGGAAUCAAAAAUUUACGAUCUACCCCGUGGGCAUUAACGAAUCUUUAGUAGUAAAUUUGGAAAUGAUUUGCGAUUGUGGCUGUGAACAAUCAGAGCACCCCAGUUAUGAAAUAGAUUCGCCCAAAUGCGGAUACAGUGGAAUAUACAAAUGUGGAAUUUGUGAAUGCUAUCCUGGAUUUUUCGGGAAAAAAUGCGAAUGUAACAAUGAGUUCCAGGAUCCCAUUGCAAGUAUUCAAAGUUGCAGACGUUAUAAUACGUCAUCAAUCGAGUGCUCAGGAAGAGGAGAAUGUGUCUGUGGUAAAUGUGAAUGUAAUCAACCCGGCGAGGGAUUGCAUAUAACUGGUCCUUUCUGCGAAUGCGAUAAUUUCUCUUGUGAUCGCCGAGAUAAUAAAAUCUGCUCGGAUCAUGGAGAAUGUAACUGUGGGGAAUGCAAGUGUUCACCAGACUGGCAGGGUCCUGCCUGCGAGUGUCCAAAAUCGACUGACACAUGUACUCAACCAGGAACCAAGAUUCCAUGUUCAGGACAUGGAACAUGUGAAUGCGGACAAUGUGUGUGUCGCGAAGAAAAUGGAAUUAAAUAUACAGGAUCAUAUUGUCAAAAAUGUCCUGACUGUCCCAAAAGAUGUGAAGAAUUGACGCCAUGUGUUAUGUGUCAAAUUCACAAAUUCAGAAAUAUGACAGAUGAAGAAUGUGCAGCCAACUGUUCAGAAAUUCCAAUUGAACGAGUUGAAACAAUUGACAAAACUUCAUUUUGGGAAGAUGAAGUUAUUUGUGACUACAAAGACGAGAAUGAUUGUACCUACACUUUCGUCUACUUUUACAACGAAACGAAACUGGUAGUUCAAGCUCAAGAAAGACCCGAUUGUCCGCCAGAAAUUUAUUUAUUGGGUGUAAUUUUGGCUGUUGUCGCAGGUGUUGUACUAACAGGUGUUGCAGCUUUGGUAGCGUGGAAAACAUUCGCAACUAUUAAAGAUAAGCAGGAAUGUGCCCGUUUCGAGAAGGAGAGGAUGAUGGCCAAGUGGGAUGCGGGCGAGAAUCCGAUUUACAAGCAAGCUACAUCAACGUUCAAAAAUCCUACUUACGCAGGAAGAUAAACUUGUAAAUAAGAAGUUUUUGUUAAAGAAAGUCAAAUCCGUUUGAUUGUGAUCAGCGGAAAAAUUCAAAUAGUGAUUGUUAAUUUUACAAAGUCUUUUAUAUAGGAAUUAGACGAAAUCCAUGUGGUCUGAGACUUAUUUUAUUUGUUAAACGAUGCUGAAUCCUUUUAACGAUUUAUAUUUCUCAGAUAAUUCUUAAUAUAAAAUAACUUUUAAUUUAACCGGCUAAUAUAGAAUGUGAAAUAACGUAUUCGAUAUUUAGAGCUGACGAUCAAAUUUUUUUUAUACAAAACGCAGCAGAGACAACGCCUUCAGUUUAUUAGUUACUUAUUUAUUUUUUAUAAGUUGCCGUGCAAUCAUAAUCUAAUGUAUUUAGAAAGCAAUAGUGCCAUAAUACAGACAGGUGUAAAAAAGAAUGAAGAUAAUAUACGUUUUUUAGACUGAAUUUAAAUAUAAAAAACUUGUGCUUUUGCGGUCAAAAAUUAAGAUAAUUUUUUUAUAAAUUUAUCGUAUGUCGAAGCUUGUAAAUAUAAUAUUAAUAUUU